AUGCCACUCCCCUUCACACCCGAACCCAAGUUCGAGGUCUUCACCACCCUGAACACUACCUAUGAGAAUGUCUUGGUGCACGAGGCACCUAUCAUACCCCAGCCUCCCCCCCGGAGACUAGGCAGCAAGCCUAUGCCUAACACAUGUGUCUUCUGUCGCUUUCAUCAGUUCGGUGGCCAUGAUACCGAAUCUUGUGUUGCCUUGCGCAACAUCAUCGAAGGACUUAUUCAUGAGGGGAAGCUGGAUAAAUACGUUCACAACCUCUCACCCCCACCUAACCCUCACCAACGGCAGAUCAACAUGAUGUCAACCAUCAGUGGUGGCCCUACCAUGGCUGGAACGUUCAACAACUCCAUCAAGCAUUAUGUCCGCUCCACCUAUGUGCACCAAGUCUUUAGCACUGAGCAGGGAUGCCUGCCGAAGACACAAAAAUCAGGCUGGGCCCCCGUUACCUUCUACGAGGAGGAGGAGCGUGGCGUUAUCCUCCCUCAUGAUGACCCAAUCAUUAUUCGUGUCGACAUUUCUAACUUCAACGUUGGGCGCAUCUUGGUAGACACUGGCAACUCAGUCAGUGUGAUGUUUGCUGAUGCUUUCAACGAGCUCCAGGUCCCGUCUCAUUUGCUCGACCGAAGCGUCACACACCUGGUGAGCUUUUCGGGUGAUGUUGCCCAGCCCAUUGGGAGCAUUCAUCUCCCUAUCUCUAUUGGAGUAGCACCCCAGCGGGCAGUCACCACUCCCUUCACCAUUAUUGACUACCCCACAGCCUACAACGUCAUCCUUGGGACCCCGGCCAUGGCCCAAAUGAAGGUUUUCAUUUCCACACAUAUGUUACUGCUGAAAUUCCCUAAGCCCCAUGGAACAGGCAUGGUGCGCAUCGACCAACUUGGAGCCCGAAGCUGCUACACUUCAGCAGUCAAAUCCACCAAUCGCCAACACCAGGGUGAGGCCCUUGCAGUAACCCAGACCCCAACCCCUCCUCGAGUUGGCCCCGAACGACCUGAAGACCCCAAGGAGGACUCUACCACCCAACAGGCUGAACCGGUGCAAGACCUUGAGCUGGUCACUCUCCAUGAUGACCUCCCGAAUCGGCAGGUUAGAAUCGGCACCUCCCUUCCACUAGAGCUUCGCUCUGACCUCGUCACCUUCCUUCGCCUCAACUCUGAAGUCUUUGCUUGGUCUUACAACGAUAUGCCUGGCAUAUCACCUGACGUCAUCUCCCAUAGGCUAAGCAUUAAUCCUACCGUCCGACCCGUUCGGCAGAAGCGUCGUGCUUAUGACCCAGAGCGGUAUGAGGCCAUGAAGGCGGAGGUGGAUAAGCUGAGCACCAUUGGAUUUAUCAAAGAGGUGGACUAUCCCACCUGGCUAACCAAUGUGGUAAUGGUACGUAAACUAAGGAAGGGCUGGCGCAUGUGCGUGGACUACACAAAUCUCAACCGGGCCUGCCCAAAGGAUAGCUUCCCCCUACCCCGCAUUGACCAGCUCGUUGACGCCACAGCUGGCCACGCCCUCCUCAGCUUCAUGGAUGCCUACUCAGGGUACAACCAGAUCUUCAUGCACCCUGAGGACCAAGCCCACACCUCCUUCAUCACGGAUCGUGGUCUAUACUGCUAUAAGGUGAUGCCCUUCGAGCUCAAGAAUGUUGGGGCUACUUAUCAGCGCCUGGUGAACAGCCUCUUCGCCCCACUGAUUGGCAACACAUGA